UUUAUCAAAUCAAGAAAUAUGGAUCAGCAUAGCGCAGACAAUUGCAAGUGCCACAAGCAUACGCAGCCGGCACAGCAGACGCUCAGCGACAUGGAUUUCGAUCGGGGCAUUUGGAAUGCGGCCAUCUACAACGAAGUGGAUCGUGUGCGAGAGUUCAUCCGGAAGGGUAAGGCAAUGGCGCGCGAUAAUUGCGACUACACUGCCCUACACUAUGCAGCACGCAAUGGAAACGAAGAGAUUUGCAAGCUGCUGUUGGAGGAGGGCAAAGCGGAUGUGAAUGCGGUGACAAAGGCGGGUGCCACGCCACUGCAUCGAGCGGCCAUGAUGGGUCAUAUGAACAUUGUAAAGCUGCUGGCAGAGCAGCCGAAGGCGAACCUUUUGCUGCAGGAUGAGUGCGGGCAGAGCGCGUUGCAUCGCGCCGCAUUGCGCGGCCAAUUGGAGGUGUGUCGCUACCUGUUGCAGCAGCAGCCAGCGCUGAAGCUGCUCAAGGACAAAAAGGAUAAAAUCGCCUUUGAGUAUAUCAUGGAGAAUGCCAACGACGAUUUUAAGCUGCUGCUAAAGCCCUAAGCCCCAAGGCGACCGAAGCCACAAGCCUGAAGAACAAUGUAAUUGGUGGAGUAGUCAACUUUGUAGCUCUAUAUAUAAGUGCCCCAAAUUGUUAUGGUAAUUGUUAUCAUAUCUUUUAUAGGAAUAUAUCUAUCUUUCUAUACAUAUAUAUGUCUAUAUAUAUAAA